CAAUUAGCCCAUCUAGGCUGAUUGAGAGAGCAGAUAUAAAUCGAACUGGUGCAAAUCUGCAAACUCACACGCCUCCCAAGUUUAGAAAGAGAUGUCGCCAAAUGUAGAGGCGAGAUAAGCCUUGCUCCGUCCGCUCUUAUCAUGAGGGUACGUGGAGGCGCUGGGGACGAAGAAGAGAGCUGGAGGAGGGGCAACGAGGAGAGGGGGUGGACGCUGAACACUUGUGGCCGCUACUCCACGGCGAUAACUCAGUCUUGCCCGUUUGCGCCUGUGCGAUACGUGCCGGGAAGGAAAGGGAAAUGCGGAGACGCGAAUGUGAGAUCCUAAAGUGUGAAGAGAGAAAAAUCUACAUUUAUAUAAUAUGAAAUAAUAGUGCUUUAAAGCGCGUGACGACGCAGGGCCUGCCAACUUCUAUAAACAUCCAGAAGAAUACAAUCUCAAUAACGAAUAGAACAAAGACCGCACGAGCCCCGGACCCAGCCCGGCAGCCCGCCCGAGCGCCGCUCGAAUGAGCCUGGCCAUGUCGGCGGGGGCAGUGGGCCACGCGGGCCACCCCUCCGCUGUGCCCUGCACCCGAGACGCCGCCGGUGCCCCGACCGACCCCGACGACCUGUCCGACUUCGACGACUUUUCCGACGAAGCGGACGAGGAGCUGGAGCCGACCGGAGCGCAGGCGCAGGCGAGCCCCCGGCCGGGGCGGAACCGCGAGCGCGUCGAGGAGCUGGUCCGGACGGAGAAGGACUACAUCAGCGACCUGGAGGUGCUCCUGCGGGUCAUCAACGAGACCAUCUCCUCCUCCAGCUGGGGCGAGGGCGCCGGCCUCCAUCUGCGGCCGCUCCUCGGCAAUGUCGUUCAGGUGAUGAGUGCGGCCAAGAGGUUCCUGGCUGACCUGGAGGCCGCCCUCUGCAACCCCGAGGAGGACAUGCAGGUCGGGCGCGUGUUCCUGCAGCACGCGGACGACUUAUGCGAGGUCUACAAAGUGUAUUGCUCCAACUACAACGUGGAGGUCAUCCCUUUGCUCAAGAAGUACGAGGGCGAAGAGGACGCCCAUUUGGCGCUCAAGACGGUGACGGAGGAACUGCGGAGACACAAAGCGCAUCUCAUCGAUGUCAACAGUGUUCUCAUCAAGCCUGUGCAGCGCGUCCUCAAGUACCCGCUUUACCUGAACGAGCUCCUGAGAGGGACCCCCGCCCAGCAUCGCGACCAGAAGAAUCUCGAAGCCGCCCAUGGUCGCAUCAACGAGGCAGCCAGAGAAAUCAACGAGUACACCCGCGCCAUUGAUCUGGUGCACAAAUACCGGGCCGAUACGGACCAUUCGAUUCAAGGCAAAAUGAAGCGAGUUAACUUCCACUCCAUCGUCAAGAAAAGCAACAGAAUGUCGACUUACGUGUCUCAGAAACUAGGAAUUAUGAAUCAGACGACGAGUUCGAAGUUCAUCGCGGAAGAGGCGAGGUUCCGCAGUGUCCAAAAGGGCGCCCGGGCUUUGACGGAACACGUGAGCAACGUAGUGGAUGCCGUCAGGGCGAGACAUGCGGCCGAGCUCCUCAUCGCCGAGGCGCUGGAGGAUAUCUUCCCGUGGGCGCUCGAGGUCCCCAAGGUCAAGGAAGUGACGCUGGACACGUGCAACAGGCUCCUGCAGCAGUUUGACCACGAGAUUGAGAAGCGGGUGCUGGCUCCCGUGCGGGCGGUCGAGGCCCUUUGCGCGGCGCCCGACCGCCUCCUCGCCAAGACGCAGGACAAGCUCCUGGACUUCGACUCCGCUCAGAAUCGCCUCCAGGCGACCAAGGACUCCGCCAAGGUUGCCGCGCUGGAGGAGGAGGAGGCGCAGGCGCGCGAGACGUACGAGGCGCUGCACCGGCAGCUGCUGGCCGAGCUCCCCGAGCUCAACGACCGCGCCGUCAUCGUGCUGGAGAUCGCCACGCGCUCGCUGGCCGCCGCAAGGCUCUACCUCCAGGGCCACCUCGCCAAGCUCUACCUGCAGCUCACUGCGGUCCCCGGGUUCGCCUUGGUCCCCGAGGAUGAGCUGCGGGCGCGGGCGCGGCGUCAAGUGGAGCUCCUGCAGGAGAUGCUCCCGCCGGACCACCUCCGGAAGCAGUCGCUGAAGGAGUCCAGGACCAACAAGCUGAUCAACACGUCCACCAAGAUGGCGGCCGCUCUGCUCUCCUCCCGGGGGUCGGUGGACGUGCUACCCAAGAGCCUGCAGCGCCCCGUGGAGGCCCUCAAGCACGGCGCUCGCUCCGACUACUUCAGAAACUUCACUUCGCUGUCCAGGACGCACUCGCGAAGGAGCGCCCCGCCCGUCGUCUCGCCCGCGCUCAACGAGACCGAGGCGCCGCCAAAGGACCCGCGACGCAGAAGCGCCCCUGCAGACUACAUGAAAAGGCUGCCAUCGCUCAGUCGCUCGCGGUCCAGGACAGUGACGAAGCUGACGCAGAAGUAUAAGAAAGAAGUCCUGCGGAAAUAUCCUGCGGACAGCGUGUACGAGGUGACUGAGGACCAU